AUGUAUGUGUCAAAAGACUUCGAAAUAUUAUGUGAAAAAGAAGGGAUUGUACAUGAGGUGGUUCCACCCUACACUCCACAACAUAAUGGAAUUGCAGAAAGGAAGAAGCGAACCAUCAUGAACAUGGUAAGAAGUAUGUUGAAAGACAAGCAAGAAUGUGUGAUUACAUCAGAUGAUGCAGUCGAUAAUGAAGGUGAGCUGGUACACUAUGCUUUCUAUACAGAUGUCAAACAAGUCAAUGCAAUUAAGGAAUUGAAGGAUUCUAAGUGGAUGAAAGCUAUGAAUGAGGAACUGAAGUCCAUCGAAGUCAACAACACUUAG